UGGGUUGUCAAAAUGAGGUGCAGCCCCUCAGGCUAGGGUGCACACUACUGCCCAGUGCUGGCAUCACCAGGUGACUGGCAUGGAGAUCUCGGCUGAGAUGGGUUUGUGGUGUCAGCAUCUCCUGAUAGACUCAUUCUCCUGCAAGGCAGCUGCCUCUGGGGAGCAAAGGGCUCUGCCUGCCUGCCUGGGGACUUGGGAAGAGCUGUGGCUGCCGAGGGGAGUGGGUCAGAGAAAGAAAGGUGCAGGCUGAAUCUGCACAUUUGUCCUGUCUGGACACGUGCAGGAAGGGUGUGGCUUUCUCCUGCCGCCCCGUGCUGACUCCUGCUGCUAGUUGCCAAUUUUGUUUCCCAGUGGCCGGCUGUGCCACGGAAGUCAUGGUGCAGAUCUGCCCUGGGGAUGGAGAAGGGAAGCAGCUACCUGGGGUGAGAGCUCUCCCCAUCCUAGGUGGACAGAACAUGGCAUCAAAGCUGUGGUGCUGGUGGAUCGUGAGCACAACAGAACUGUGUUGCAGCUGCAAAUCUACUUCAUACAUCAAGGGUGCCUCUGAGCAGAGCUGCUGUGGAGACUGAAGAGCUGGAGAGGACGGCGCAGAGGUUCGGAGGCACACCAUGAUGGUGGGAGCCAUUCCAUGGCAGCCACGCUGCUUCUGGGGGGUGCCUGGCUGGCAGGUGUCUUCAGCUAGCUGUGCCAAUGACAGCCCGCAGCGGGACGGGGAGGUUGAUCAGGAGUGCAGUGGUGUUCUGCUGCAGAGGGAUGCUGUGCUGCAGCACACCCCAUAACGGGGGGCUCACUCGGACAUCCUGAGUGAGGGGGUCCAGUUCCUGCCCCUGCCCUCCCACCGUCACCUGUGGCACUUUACUGUCCCCCUCCUGCUGCUGCAUAGGCUGUCCUGGCUCCAGCUUCACGUGGAGCCCAGCCAAGUGAGGCUCCAUGCGGCACAUCCAUGCAGAGACGUCCCUGCCCCCGGAGCCCAGCACAGACUCUGGCCUGCCCCAGCCCAGCAGAGAGGUGGCCUUGGAGCCUUCCUCGCAGCGCUGCACCCACCACGGCAUCCUCAUGGGCUACAAUGAGACAGAGAUCAAGCGCCAGAAGGUUUACCAGGUCUCCAUCUUCUCCCAUCUCUCCAGCUCCUCCGAGAGCACAGAGCAACGGGCAGGCAGCAGCUGGCCGGCUGUCAAGAGGGGCUACCCCGAGCAGCGAACUCUGGAGGGGGUGCGGGAUCCCAAACGAACUCACUGGGGUGCGGGGGGGGUGGACGGCAAGUGUGACAGGGGCCCCAGGCAGGUUGCCCUGGAGGAUGAUGAUACCUUCGAGGAUGGUCUGCUGGUGGAGGAGCUCUCCCUGUGCGGCUCUGCCCAGCACUUCUCUCAUAGCGGGCUGCGGGUGGUGGAGCACCAGUGCGAGGGCAGCCCCAGCCACAGCCCCAAGGCCAGCAGAGAGGACAAGCUGCAGGAUGCCUCCUCCUCCUCCUGGCCUCAGCACAUUGCUUGCAGUACUUUGCACACGAGAGACAGUUGCCCUGUCCCGCCAGGGGAUCAGCCCGCAGACUGCAGGGAGAACGGGGAGCGGGUGAGUGGCCACAACCUACUUGACCUUGAUUUGCACAAUAUUGCACAAAUGUCCCAGCUGGACUCUGGUGGGAGGAGAGAAAAGCCAGGGAGCAGCCCUGCUCAGAGCAGCAGGGCUUGCGGAGGAGAGGAAUGGCCAGUGGCGGCCAAUGGGUGCAAGGAGCCCCCAGCUCCACAGACAGUGCUCAGCCCUGAGCCUGGCAGCCUGAGCUCCCUGGAGAAGACGCCUUGUGAGAGCAGCCGGGUCAGCAGCAGCAGCUGCCGGGCCAAAAGGAAGCUGCUGCCCACUGGUGAAGUUGUGGCCGACUCCUGCUCUGAGGACGAGAGCCUGUCCCCAGCGGCGAGGAAGAAGAAGACCCUGCCGUGCCACCUAGUGCCCACAGCCUGCCACAGCACAGACACCAAGGGGGCCCUUUUCUGGAACCACCUGCUCCCUACAGCCAAGAGCUUUGCAGAUUGCACUGAGGUCGAGGUCGGGAGGAGGCUGAAGAGGGGGCUGCGCCUCAAAUCGCGACAUCUCCGGAGCAGCCUCCGGAGGGGAACACGGUCCUCUGCAGCACCCUGGGCCACCACCACCAUCAGCCAUACUCUGCUGGGCAACUUUGAGGAGUCCAUCCUGAAAGGGCGCUUUGCACCGUCAGGACACAUCGAGGGAUUCACAGCAGAGAUUGGUGCCAGUGGCUCCUACUGCCCCCAGCAUGCCACCCUGCCUGUGGACGUCACCUACUUUGACAUUUCUGAACACAGCGCGCCCUCACCUUUCCUGGGAGUGAUUGACUUGGAGGCCUUGGGAAAGAAGGGUUACAGUGUCCCCAAAGCUGGAACCAUCCAAGUGACCUUAUUUAACCCCAACAAGACUGUGGUGAAGAUGUUCUUGGUGACGUAUGACUUCCAGGACAUGCCGGCCAACCACAUGACCUUCCUACGCCACCGCAUCUUCCUGGUGCCCGUGGGGGAGGAGGAAGGGGCCACUGUGGCCCCCAGCGAGCCACCGGGCACCAGCCCACCCCGCAGGGUCCUCUGCUACCUGAUGCACCUGAGGUUUCACAGCUCCAAGUCGGGGAAGAUCUAUCUUCACGAUGACAUCCGGCUGCUUUUCUCCCGCAAGUCGAUUGAGGUUGACUCGGGGAUCCCCUACGAACUGAAAUCUUUCACGGAGAUGCCAAGGAACCCCUGCUACUCGCCAUGGGCCUGACCUUCUCCCUUGCCCUGGGGCUGCCGGGGAGCUCCCAGCCCAGUGCUUCGGGGAGAGAUGAGUAAAGGAGAUGAAGUGCCGCCACCUCAAAGUAUCACCCUCCUCACCUGCCCCGAUGUCGUGGCCAUGACCCCCACCAUCACCGAGGGGGCUUCACAAGGAGGGACAGGGGCAGCCCUGGCGCCCCAGGGACAUGCCCAGGGCUUUUGCCGGUGUUGCUCCGAGCUGGGAGGCACGGCUGGAGGCGAGGGGGGAGGCUGCCUGUGCCUGUCCCUGGGGCACGAGCCAAAAGUGUGGAAAGUUUGUAUUAGUAUUUAUUGUUGCUGGGGGGGCAGAGGAGCAGAGGCACUACUCUUCCCCCACAGGUGCCAGAUGAGGCCCCAAACAGCGGGGGCUGCACCCCCCAGCCCCAUGGGGCUGCUAGGGGACAGCAAGGGUGGCCGUGUCCCCCCGUGAAAGGAGCCAGUGACUGAGUUGGGUCAGCGGGGGGGCUCUGUUAAAAGCCCGGGGAGAGGCUGAGACCUGCUGGGCGCCAUCUCAAUGGUGGCCAAAACAUCGUG